UGGGAUGAGUUCAUCGCUUUGUCUUGAGUUCUUGAGACUUUAGAUUCGACUGCGCCGCUCGCUCGCUCCAAGAAUCGCGAGGGUAACUUUUUUUCUUGGAUCAUCCAAGGAAGAUUUGUGCAAGUUGUUCAUCCAACGGCAGGGGUGGGGGGAGAAGAAAAUGUUGCCGCUCACGCUUGUCGCCCUGGCCUGCGCCAUCCGCUGCUUUUCGGUCACCGCAGAUGUGUUGAGAGCGGAGGCGUGGCUUCAGCAAUAUGGCUACCUGCCGCCCGGUGACGUCAGAGCGCAGGCCAUGCGUUCGCCGCAGUCUAUCGAGACGGCCAUCGCGGCCAUGCAGAGGUUCUACGGCUUGACGGUCACCGGCUCGAUGGACGCCAACACGUUAGCGGCGAUGAACCGGCCACGAUGCGGAGUUCCGGACAAAUUCGGGCCGGAGCUCAAAAGCAACCUGCGGAGGAAGCGAUACGCCGUGCAGGGACUGAAGUGGGACAAGUCCGAGGUGACUUUCAGCAUAGAGAAUUACACCCCCAAAGUGGGCGAGCGCGCUACCUACGAGGCCAUUCGGAAGGCCUUCAAAGUGUGGGAGAGCGCCAUCCCGCUCACUUUCAGGGAGAUCCCCUACCACCACAUCCGGGGCAAGGUGGAAAAGUACGCCGACAUCAUGCUCUCCUUCUCGGAGGGCUUCCACGGCGACAGCACGCCAUUUGAUGGCGAGGGCGGAUUCCUGGCUCACGCCUACUUCCCCGGUCAGGGGAUUGGCGGAGACACGCACUUUGACCUCGCCGAGCCCUGGACAACCGGCAACGUGGACCAGGGUGGGAAUGAUGUUUUCCUGGUCGCCGUCCACGAACUGGGUCACGCUCUGGGUCUGGAGCACUCCAACAACCCCUCAGCCAUCAUGGCUCCCUUCUAUCAGUGGAUGGACACGGACAACUUCUAUCUUCCGGAUGACGACCGCAGAGGCAUCCAAGCCAUCUACGGCACCAAGACAGGCGGUCCUCCGCCUCCGCCGAGACCCACUAAGUCCUCGAGUCCCAAGAGACCGGAACACGGCCCAGAUAUCUGUGAGGGACACUUUGACACAAUCGCCAUUCUCAGAGGAGAAAAGUUUGUCUUCAAGGACAACUGGUUCUGGCGCGUGCGCAACAACAAGGUGCUUCCGGGCUACCCCAUGCCCAUCGGUCAUUUCUGGAAGGGCCUGCCUUCCAACAUCAACGCCGCGUACGAGCGGGACGAUGGGAAAUUCAUCUUCUUCAAGGGUGACAGGUACUGGGUCUUCAGCGAGUCCACAAUGGAGAAGGAUUCCCCCAAGAGCCUGAAAGACAUCGGGACCGGUCUCCCCAAAGACAAAAUGGACGCAGCUCUCUUCUACACCCCCACGGGACAGACGUACUUCUUCAGAGGCACAAAGUACUAUCGCUUCAACGAGAGGACUCGCACGGUGGACAGCGGCUACCCGAAGCCAAUCACCAUGUGGAGCGGCGCGCCGGACAACAUCAAGGCCGCCAUUAUGAGCGAGGACGGCUCGUAUACGUACUUCUACAAAGCCAACAAGUACUGGAAGUUCAACAAUCAGUACAUGAAGGUGGAGUCGGGCUACCCCAAGUCUGUGCUGAGCGACUGGAUGGGCUGCGAGGGCGAGGAACCCAAGAAGGGCCGCGAAGAGGAGGUGAUCAUUCUGGAAGUGGACGAGGCGCAGGGCGGCGUGGGGGCGGUCACCGUGGUGAUCCCGCUCCUCCUCUUGGUUCUGGUGGUUGCCACGCUCGGGGCGCUGUUGUUCUUCCGGAAAUACGGCACGCCCCGCCGCCUCCUCUACUGCCAGAGAUCACUUCUGGACAAGGUCUAGGCACCGGUUGACUAAUGGACAGCCCACAAAAGGGAGCCAAACAUCAGCGAGGGAGGGCCAGAUGAAGACGAAAACUGGGAGACAGAACGGCAAAAGCACUGAGAAGAUGGUCGGGAUGUCCAAAUAUUUGGGUGGUUUCCACAGCAUGUGCUCCAUCGAAACCCAAACCUGUUGUAUUUGUAUGGUAACCAUUUACAUGUACUGUGUCACAGAUUAAGAUGAUGACUACAACCUUGACUCCAGAAGGGAUAUGCCCCCCACCCCAAAAAAAAGACAGUGACUUCCCAGUUUCCUUGCUCAUAUUGCAGGUUUUUCCUCUUUUAAAGACACUUCUCUCCAAAAGUUCGGCAUUUUGAGUUUGCGGCUGCUGUUCCUGGAUGAACCUAAAAUGCUCCAGAUCCUUUACAAGUGAACUCUGGGAACGCAAAGGUGAGGCUUCAAGCGGGACGUUCUAGGAGGGAAGUGGCCGCUGAGCUUGAAGUGUAAUCAGCAGGUUAGAACAGAAUGGGAAAUUGGGAGGAAUCACAGAAAGGCAAAAAAACCCGAAUGUCCUCGGUUUAGUUUGGAUUCAUUCCGGAAUCAGACGCCCGAAGGGAACUUUGCCAUUCGGCUGCUUGAUAAAGAACGGGCAAAUUGGAGAAAAAGGACUGAAAUAGUUGGGAGAGGUUUCAGGAAGGUCAAACUGAAUUAACCUGGAAAGGUUCUGGCGUGUUUUCAGUUCAUCCGAAGAAUUGAUCGGAAAGCCCAAAAUCGCAAACUUUUUUGGGGAGCCAUGUACGCUUAACUGGACGACUCCGGCUGAACUGCUGUUUGAUUGCGAGGCAUGAAAUCCAUUUCCUGUCGCCAAACGUACAAAAAAGACGUUGCAUUUAGGAUCCAAAUGCCCAAAAUGACAGGGAUGCAAUUUUUCUACAUACAUGUUUUUGUUGUUGUAUAUCCAUAUUGUGUCCACAGAUGUAAAUGUGGCACAAGCAGAGAUUGCAUAGAUAGUCCAUGUGGUACAGAAUUUUCUCGUGUUUGUAUCUGCACAGCUACGGGCAGAAAAAGGGGAUCGGCAGAGAUCCCAACAAUAUGGUGCAAUUCUUUAAAAAAAAAAGUUUUUUAAUUAUUGUUGAAUUUGUGUUCUUUUUUUUGUAUAAGUACGGUUAUAGUUAUUGGUGUUGGCUAGUUUUGUUUUUUUCCUUUUGCUUCUGUACAUUGUCAAGAGUUCUGCUGGACAGAGGCACAGCACGACAAUGAUCAAGCGAGUAAUCCCAGUUUACAGGGCGUGGAGUGGAUUCCAAUCAAAUCAGGUGAUUAUUUCUUGAACCAUUUACCGGACAUUAGCUCGAUUAUCGAUGCUACUCAUGAACACAUGGUGCAGAGUUUCUUAAAACAAAAACAAAAAAAAAUGUUCUCAUGACGAUAAUUAUAUUUAUAAUGAUGAGCGUAUCAAUAAAACUGAAUGAGAUUG